CCCCUAUGAAGAUAAGUUAUAUAAACGUCAAGUGUAUUAUAAAUAGAACCGCCCAUUAGAGACUCGACCAGUUAACAAUCGGAAUAACAAGGCUCAACAAGAUGAAUAUUGUUGCAUUGGUUGUUGUGGUAUCGUCUUUUAGCAGUACCUUGGGGUUCCUUCUUCCAUUUUGUAACAGUAACAGCGACUGUCAGCAUGGAGGUUCCUGCGAAGGACUUGGUGGGCUCAAACGUUGCCAAUGCAGGCAUAAUUAUGUUGGGGAUUUCUGUGAAAUAGAUCUAGGACACAUAUGCGAUUCAUCAUCAUCAUCAUCAUCAUCUGGUUUAAUAAUUGAAAUCCAUGUUGGAAUGCCGGAACCCAGAUGCCACGGCAAUGGUCGAUGUGCCGCCACACGUAGCCCUCCUUACUAUUAUUGCCAUUGCGAAAACGGAUACCAUGGACAGGAUUGUCAAUACGCACCAGCCCCUGAUCAGAUACUACUCAGUUACUCGGUUGUAUUUACGGCUACAAUGCCACAACCGACAACAACACUGCCAUCAACACCACCAGCAACAACACUCACUCAAACAACACCAACAACAAGUCUGCCUACAACAACACCGCCAACAAGAAUGUCAUCAACUGGACAAACAACAACACUGUCGCAAAUGUACACAGACACACCUCGCUGUUCGAAAUUCAAAACUGAUUUCGACAUUGCUGGAAAUAUUAUUUCCCACAAUGCCCUUGCGUCGGUUUGCCCGAAAUCCGGUAACCAUUCGACCCCAGAAGCAUUCGUACUCAACCACUGUACUCUUAAAAAUACAAACCCACAGGGAUGGAGAAUAGGGCAUCAGGUCAUGUCCAACUGUGCGGCUGUACCUCCAUACACACCAGUGUUCGAAACAUUUGGCAUAUACGGUCCCGAUACUCAUCGGUCUGGGAUCUUUCUGGAAUGUCUGCCGGAACCUGAAGGCUUUAAGAUUGCAUAUCAACCAUGCGAUUCAACUCCCACUAUAGAGCACGUGAGCUCGAGCGAAGCGCAACUGUUUUACACUGUCAAUUAAACACACUUUACCACAAAUCCAAUGAUUAGCAUGUUGAACAAUUCAAAUAAAUUUGAAAAAUUAA